UUUUUUUUUUUUUUUUUCUUUUCUUUCUCUCUCCAUCGUUCUCAGCCUUCCUUGAGGAAAGUCGGGAGAUCGGCAUUCACAAUUCUCCGAUCUUCCUCUCUCCUCCGGGCCGUCGCAUUCCCAAUUUUCCGUUUACCUUUCGUUGUUCAUCAUCACCUGUCCUGAGAAUAUUAUAUAUAUUUUUGCAUCGAAGGAUGGGUAUGAUGUCUAAUAGGGUAAUGCCGGCGUGUGAUCAGCUCUGCAUUUGUUGCCCGGGAAUGCGGCCCAGGUCUCGGCAGCCUGUGAAGCGUUACAAGAAGAUGCUUUCCGAUAUCUUUCCCCGACCUCCGGGUAGGGAACCCAAUGAGCGAAUGAUUGGAAAAUUGUGUGAAUAUGCUUCAAAGAAUCCACUCCGUAUACCUAAGAUCACAACUUCUCUCGAGCAAAGGUUCUACAAGGAAUUAAGAAAGCAGAAUCUUUUGUCUGUAAAGAUUGUCAUGUUAGUAUACCGGAGAUUGCUAGUAUCUUGCAAGCAGCAAAUGCCAUUGUUUGCAGGAAGUUUUCUUAGUAUUGUUCAAAUCUUGCUGGAUCAAAUGGCACAUGAUGAAAUGCGCAUUGUUGGAUGUGAAUCACUGUUUGACUUCAUAAAUAAUCAGCUUGAUGCCACAUACAUGUUUAACUUAGAAGGCUUAAUACCAAAAAUCUGUCUUCUUCCUCAAGAGAUGGGAGAUGAGGAAAGAGUACUGAAAUUACGUUGUGCUGGGCUUGAAGCUCUCUCUUCUAUGGUUUGGUUCAUGGGUGAAUUUGGUCACAUGCCAGCGGAGUUUGACAAUGUUGUUUCCGUUGUCUUGGAAAACUAUGAAACCCAUGAUGAGAAACUCAACGACCAAGAUAAAAUGGGUGCCGAUGUUUCUGAUCAAAUGACACGAGUUACUUCUUGGCGGAAUAUUGUGACUGAAAAAGGCCUUAAUGUGGCUACAGAAGAUUCUACAAACCCAAAGUUUUGGUCCAAGGUGUGCUUACAUAACAUGGCAAAGUUAGCAAAGGAAGGAACAACUGUGCGGCGUGUUUUAGAUUCUUUAUUCUGUUAUUUUGAUAAUAGCGAUGUUUGGUCGACUCAACAUGGAGUAGCCCUUUCUGUUUUGCUGGAUAUGCAAUUUAUUAUGGAGAAUUCUGGACAUAACACACAUUUUUUGUUGUCUACAUUAAUCAAGCACCUUGAUCACAAGAAUGUCAUCAAAAACCCUAAUAUGCAGGUAGAUAUUGUUGAAGUUGCCACCUCUCUUACUCAGCACACAAAGGUACAACCAUCUGCUACAGUUAUGGGUGCAUUUAGUGAUAUGAUGAGACACCUCCGGAAAAGCAUACACUGUUCCCUAGAUGACUCAGACCUGGGGGAAGAAGUAAUUCAAUGGAACAGAAAAUAUCGUACAGUAGUUGAUGAAUGCCUUGUCCAGAUGUCUCUCAAGGUUGGGGAUGCUGGCCAAAUUCAUGAUGCUAUGGCAGUGAUGUUGGAAAGCAUCUCAAAUAUACCAGUUAUGGCCAGAAACACAAUUACUACCGUAUACCGUACUGCUCAGAUAGCAGCAUCCUUACCGAAUUUGUCAUAUCAAAACAAGGCUUUCCCUGAGGCUUUAUUCCAUCAAAUUAUUUUAUCCAUGGUUUCGCCAGACCAUGUGACCAGGAUUGGGGCACAUCGCAUAUUUGCUGUUGUACUUGUUCCAUCAUCUGUUUGUCCUUGUCCUUCCAGUAAUCUGCACUCAGCAAAGACUGUUGACUUUCAAAGAGCUCUAUCCAGAAAUGUUUCAGUAUUUUCUUCUUCAGCUGCUUUAUUUGAAAAAUUGGUUAAGGAGCAACGGUCAGUACAAGAAAGUAUGGAAAGAAAGGAAAAUGUUUUACAGGAUGAGAGUGCAAAUGUCAGUAACCAAUCGAUGUUGAACCGGUUAAAAUCAAGCUAUAGUCGAUCUUAUUCUGUUAAAAGAAAUCCCUUGCCUGAAAUUAAUGAAGAACAAGGAAUGAGCAUUGUAGACAGGGAACCGGUGGGCAUUUCUCUCAAGUUGAAAACACGACAAAUUAGCAUAUUGCUUUCUUCCAUAUGGGUGCAGGCCAUCUCUCCUUCAAGCACACCUGAAAAUUAUGAAGCAAUUGCUCAUACUUACAGCUUGGUAAUGCUGUUUUCACAAAACAAGAAUUCCAGUGAUGAGGUCCUUAUUCGUAGUUUCCAGCUUGGUUUCUCAUUGAGGAACAUUUCUCUUCAGGGAGGAGGACAGUUGCCACCUUCACGGCGCAGAUCACUCUUUACCUUAUCAAUGGCUAUGAUAAUCUUUUUGGCCAAGGCAUACAAAUUUGACCCUCUUGUUGUUUCUGCUAAGGCUGCAUUGACAGAGAAAACAGCAGAUCCUUUUCUUCAGUUGGUGGAUGAUUCCAAACUGCAGGCAGUUACCAUAUCAGAUCCCAAGAGAGUUUAUGGAUCACCAGAGGACGAUAAUGAUGCCCUGAAAUCACUGUCAGCAGUAGAGAAAUCUAAGAAAUUAUCUGCAGAAUCUUUUGCAUCAAUGAUAGUAGAAAGCUUGAAAAAGUCACUAACUGAUAAGACAAAUCUUAUAAAGGAGCAGUUGCUUCGAGAUUUUCUUCCAGAUGAUGUUUGUCCUUUUGGUACUCUACUACUCAGUGAAAUACCAGGCCAAAUCUACCAAUUCGGGUCAACUGAAUCCAAAGCUCUAGAUGAGGCUUUAGAUCCGAUCUUUGCAGCAGGUAACAGCUUUAAGAUGGACGGAUUUGCGAGUCAGGCAGAUUCAAACUUACAAAAUCCUAGCCUCCUGGACAUCAAUCAGUUUAUGGAUUCGAUAUCGGAGACUACAAAUGCUGGAACGGAGUCUGUCUCAACUCCUUCUGGCAUGACAUUCAAAGAUAUGGCUAACCAGUGUGAAACCCUUCAAGUGGGAAAGCAGAAAAAGAUGCAUUUUAUGAGUUCCCUGAAGAUUCAAGAAAAUGCAGUGUUCUUUAACGACCGGGACUUCGUUGUAGAAUCGCACUCCCUUCUUGAUCAUCACCCUGAAGUAGCAAAAAGCAAUCCAUUCUCUGACACUGCUUCCUUGCUGCAAUCAAUCGACACUGCUCCAAUGACAUGUGCAGCCGAACUCCAGCAACAUCCCGGCUACUUUGUGCUGCCAGCUGCAAGUCCAUUCGACAAUUUCCUGAAGGCUGCCGGAAGUUAAAUCCACAUUUUAACUAUAGCAGUUGGGAAUGUAUGUAUAUAUGAUCAAUCCAUUUUGCAAGUCUCUGUCUUCCUGGUGGUGGUAAACAAUCUGAGAAAAAUUGAACUGCGAGUACUGAACGGAAAUCUGUGGCCAUUUGCUGUUUGUUUGUAUCGUUGUGAUAUCUUGAAGGUUUUGUAAUGCUGAGGUUUUAAAAGAAAGUUUAGCGAUGGUCAGAAAUGAUAGCAUUUAGAAUACAGUGUUAGUCAAAACACAAAGACAAUCAGUUAAGUACUAUUAGACAGUUGAAUUAUAUUGCUGCUGCUGGUGGAGUUCAUUCUUCAUUGUAGUAAGAUUGCAUAUUUAUUUAUUUAUUUAUU